GAUGACACUCGUACUCGUACGUACUAAAUGGUACGUACUGACGGUAUGGUCCCGGAACGGUUGGCCAGAGCCCUCCCUCUCGAUUGUUGACACCGUUGUCGGCUUGGUGUCUCGGAUACGAACAUAACUGCGCUUCCCGAACAGCUUGCGCAUCCCGGGCGGAACAAGACCCACCGCGUCCACCAACCACAACGCGAGAUGGCGGAAGGGGAAGAGGCCCCCGUCAGAAACGCAAACGAGAUCCACGGGAAGGGGGUUCCCGAAACCGAACGAGUUCCCCCCGCGGAAAGGAGGUCCUGCCUCGCCCUGGUGGAGGCCGUCGCCACCACCGGCGGAGGCGGCGGGCUCCCCGGGGGCCGCCGGAAGGUCCGGCUCGAGCUGCCCCCCCGUUUGCCGCCCGGACAGCGGGGGGAGGACGACGACCGCGAUUGGCUGGAAGGGGUGGACCGGACCCUCGCGGGGGCCCUGGGGAUCACCGGGUGCGGGACGAUCGAGCUGUACGACCCGGGGACGCAAGCCUUCCGUAGGCUGGACCGCAUCGACGAGAUUCCUUCUUCCUGCUGCCGCCUCCGCGUCGCGGAGACCGUACCGGAAGGACCGAUUUCCAGCACCGGGGAUGGGGGAUUCCUGGCCCUGCCCUGGCGCGAGUUCUCCGGUGACAUCGACCAGGACGGCCGGUUCGUUCUGGGAGACCAUUCGAUCGUGGUCCAAGAGGAGUCCAAUUCCGGCCUGGGGACCGGGACCAACCUCUGGGACGGGGCCGUCGCCCUGGCAAGCUUCCUCGGGCACCACCAAGGGACGGCUCGGAGCAACAAGGACAAGGACAACGACCGAGACCCCUCCCUCUCGGUAGAAGGCAAGCGGGUCCUGGAGCUCGGCGCGGGGACCGGCCUGGUGGGGAUUGCCGCCCAUCUGGCACUCGGGGCGAGCCGCGUGCUGGUGACGGACCUGGAGUAUUCCAUGGCCAACCUGGAGGCCAACCUCUCCGCGAACCGGUGCCACCGCACCAGCGCAGAACGCAGGGAUUCCACGAUCGACGCCCGGGUCCUGGAUUGGUGCGACCCUUCGUCGUGCGAAACGGCCCUGUCCAUCUGGAACGAGUCCGGAGGGGCGCACUCGCACUCGCCUCCGCCCCCGGACGUGGUGCUCGCCGCCGACGUGGUGUGGGUCGACUUUCUGGUCCCCCCGCUGGUGGAAACCCUCCGGCGCGUCUGCACUUGGGGGGGCACGGGGUCCGACACUGACCCCCCGCUCGAGUGCUGGCCACCGGUGGUGCUCCUGUCCUACCAGCGUCGGAGCCAGGUGGUCGAAGACCUCCUGUUCCAGAGCCUCCGGGAAGCCUCCUUUCGGACAGAGGACGUUACCAUCCCGGAACUAGCCUCCUCCAAGAUCCGUAUCUAUCGCAUCACCUACCAGCACCAGGGCGUGCUGUAGUGCGUGCCAUGCCAUGCCAUGCCAUACCGUGGCAUGCCACGCAACGCGAGCUCCGCGGUGCGACGUCGUUUGAGAGAUCUAGCGAUGUUUUUUCUUCUUUUUGAGCAAUGCGAACUCACGCCAUAGGAAUAAAGCAACAAUACCUAA